UUAUAUUAGUGCAGAAACACUUGUACCUUUAAUAUUUAAAUGCCCUUGGAGUCUGCUGGGGAAGAGAUAGAAAUAAUACUGUCAGUCAGUAUGACAUGCAGAAUCGAGUGCCGUCGAUCUUAGAAUCACCGCACACUUCACUUCAUUUGAGGCAGUCUUACCGGGGCCAAGAUAAACCAGAGUGUGGAGCCGCCACAGUUUGUGGCGGUGGAGGCAGCAGCAAUGGGGAGGCCAUACAGCACCCCCUAUGACAAAAUGGGAAACCCACAGCGCAGUGUGAGGAGACCCUGAAAGUGGCACAUGGCAGAGUGUGGCGAUGGAGCCCCCCCCCACAGCAGCAAUGGGAGGCCGUACAGGGACCCAUGACUACACUCUGGACCUGGCAGCAGCAUUGGAGGAGGCGGUACAGGGGCCCAUGACAGAUUACGGGACCUGGCAGAAGCAUGAGGAGUCGGUACGGGGGCCCAUGGCAGAUUACGGGCCUGGCAGCAGCAUUUGGGGCGGUACAGGGGCCCAUGGCAGAGUGUGCGGAGCUGAGCAGCGUGGGGAGGACGACUAUCAAGAGUCCAAUCGGCAGAGUGGCGGAGCGGAAGCAGCUUCAAUUGAAGGCCAUACACAGUCCUAGGUUAAAUAGUCCCCCCAGCAGCAGUGUGGGGAGG